UCCGGACCUUUGACGACCACCCCCGUGGCGCCCCCCGAACGCACCGCGAAGACCUGGAAAGCUACUUUUAGUGACCUGCUAAAGCGCCAUUUUUUUUUCUUUUGGUUUUUUUCAUUAGUUGCAAGGCGAGUCAGCUGACCUGCUUGUUGGCUUCGUCGAAGAAAACAUUGUUGACGCUCGAAGCGUUCUCAAAGUGAACCAGAUUGUCACAAAGCUCCAAGUAGUGCUCGUCGCUCAUUGCUUUUUCGGCUUCCAGAAUCCGGAGCGACAAAACAAGAAGACACAAGACCGGAAGUAUUUUGGGAAAAAGAAGAAGCUCUCCUUUGACUUCCCGUCUGCGCUUUCACAAUAAGACAGAAGGUUGGUUGGGAGAGGAAGAUUUUCCAUCUUGUUCUGUGACGCCAUCCCAACGAAGCUCAGUCCGACGGACGGAUGGAACAAAGUUGACCUAUUAUUUUUGAUUUUGAUCUCAAAAAACGUAGCUAACUUGUUUGGGCUGAAGAAAAUAUGUGCGACGUGACGUGACCCGGAAGUGACGACGCCCCGUUGCUCGUCCUGCGCCUGCGCUGUGCGCUCCGGUUAUUGAGUCGGCGUCUGUCCUGACCUGUCUCUGGCUUCCCGGACGGCCGGUGUUGCGGUCUCCAAAUGACGUUUUUGGCUCUCGCGCUCGCUCGUCGAUGGUGGCGUUUGACCGGCGUUCCCGCCCUGAGCUUCAGCAGCACCAAGACAUUCUCCAUGGGUGAGUCGCGCCUCCCGAAACCGAGACCGGUCGCCCUCAGCGACCGGUCUUUGCGCGCUUCUCUUCAGGUGCCACCGAGGAGCAGUUCGAGGAGGCCAAGAAGAAACUUUCUUCGCUCAAGAAAGAUCCCGGGAAUGACGUCAAACUCCAGAUCUACGCGCUCUUCAAACAGGUCGAGGGCGUCCGGUCGCGCCGGCCGACAUCUGGCUGACGUCGCCUCGUUUUGUCGCGGGCAGGCCACGCGCGGUCCGUGCGACGCCCCCAAACCCGGAAUGCUGGACUUUGUCAACAAAGCCAAGUGGGACUCGUGGAAGUCUCUGGGAUCGCUCGAGCAGGGCGAGGCCCGGCGGCGCUACUGCGACCUGAUCGGCUCCCUGGCGGCGGCGGAAGGCGGAAGCUCGGCCCCGCCCGCCGACGGCGGCGGGUACGAUUGCCUGUCGGUCAGCUCGCGGAACGGCAUCACCACCAUCACCUUCGACAGACCGGCCAAGAAGAACGCCAUCACCACUCAGAUGUACGAGGAGAUCAUCGACGCUUUAGGACGAGCGGCCCGAGACGGCUCGGUCAUCACCGUCUUUACCGGCGCCGGGGAUUACUACUGCAGCGGAAACGACCUGAGCAACUUCACCAAAAUCCCCGAGGGAGGGGUGGAGCAAAUGGCCAAAGCCGGCGGGGAGCUGCUCAGGCGGUACGUGAAGGCUUUCAUCGACUUCCCCAAGCCGUUGGCGGCGCUGGUCAACGGGCCGGCCGUGGGCAUCUCGGUCACCGUCAUGGGCAUGUUUGACCUGGUCUACGCUACCGAAAGCGCCACCUUCCACACUCCCUUUAGCCAACUGGGUCAGAGUCCGGAAGGCUGCUCGUCGUACACGUUCCCUCGCAUCAUGGGAUACGGCAAGGCCAACGAAAUGUUGCUGUUCAACAAGAAGCUAACGGCGGCCCAGGCGUGUCAGCUGGGACUGGUCACCCGAGUCUUCCCCGACAGAAGCUUCCGCAGCGAAGCCCUGAGCCUCCUGGAGGGCUACGCCCGGCUACCUCCCGACUCUCUGGCGCUGUCCAAGCGGCUGAUCCGCUCGGGGGAGAAGGAGCGGCUCCACGCCGUCAACGACGCCGAGGUGGAACGUCUGAUGGAGCGCUGGACGUCGGAGGAGUGCUUCAACGCCGUCAUGAGCUUCUUUCAGGCUAAAGCCAAGCUGUGAUCCGACGGACGGACGGACGGACGGCUGACGUGAUGGAUCGUCGUCGAGUGCCUUCCUGACUGAGUAACAUUUGUAGGGGUUCCGAAAGUGUUAUGAUUGUGAAAUAAAAUGUUUCCCCUUUCUUUGACCGUGUCUGUAAAGUCGGCGGAACGGAUGCUUUGUCUAAUAAAUGAUUUCCAAGAAAA